UCUGCUCCAGGCUGAGCCCCUUCCCAGCUCUGUCGCUCCCUGCCCAGCCCGGCUCCCUCUCGGUUCCCUCGGGCUCUGUCCGCUCUCGCUGCCGCUCCGCCUCUCCCGGCCCCGGGGCGGGUCCCGCCCGUCCCUCGCAUAAAGCGGCGGCGCGGCGCUGCCGGCUCCGUGCCCGCUCGGUGCCCGCUGCGCAGGGAGGCUGCCGGCUCCGUGCCCGCUCCAUGCGGGAGCUGCCGGCCCCGGGAUGAGCCCCUGGCAGCAGCGCCCGCCCAACGGCAGCGCGGCCGGCGGGCCGGGCCCGCGGGGGAACGGCACGGCGCGGGCGGCGGAGCGCGGCCCCGCGGCGUCCGCGGCCAUCCCGCUGACCAUGAUGCUGACGGGCGUCGUGGGCAAUGCCCUGGCCAUGCUGCUGGUGUCCCGCAGCUACCGCGCCAAGGGCAGCCGCAGGAAGCGCUCCUUCCUGCUGUGCAUCGGCUCCCUGGCGCUCACCGACAUGCUGGGCCAGCUGCUCACCAGCCCCGUCGUCAUCUCCGUGUACCUGUCGGGCCGGCCCUGGGCGGCCAUGGACCCCUCGGGCCGCCUCUGCGACUUCUUCGGCUUCAGCAUGACGGUGUUCGGGCUGUGCCCGCUGCUGAUCGCCAGCGCCAUGGCCGUGGAGCGGGCGCUGGCCAUCCGCGCCCCGCACUGGUACGCCAGCCACAUGAGCCCGCGGGCCACCGAGCGCGGCCUGGCCGCCAUCUGGGCCGCCGGCGUGGCCUUCGCGCUGCUGCCGCUGGCCGGGCUGGGCCGCUACGCGCUGCAGUGGCCCGGCACCUGGUGCUUCAUCAGCGCGGCCGGCGGCAGCGCCUUCGCCGCCGCCUUCGCCGCGCUGGGGCUGCUGUCCCUCGUGGUCACCGGCGCCUGCAACCUGGCCACCAUCGAGGCGCUGGUGUCGCGCUGCCGCGCCAAGGCCGGCGCGGCGCAGCCCGGCUCGCGGUGGGGCCGCAUCGCCACCGAGACGCUGCUGCAGCUGCUGGGCAUCAUGUGCGUGCUCUCGGCAUGCUGGGCGCCGCUGCUGGUGACCAUGCUGCGGAUGGCGUCGGAGCAGGCGGCCGGGCCGUGCCGGGGCGGCUGGCAGCGCUGGGAGCCGCGCCGGGAGUGCACCCUGCCGCUGACGGCCGUGCGCCUGGCCUCCCUCAACCAGAUCCUGGACCCCUGGGUGUACCUGCUGCUGCGCCGCAUCCUGCUGCGCAAGUGCCGCCAGGCCGCCAGCGCCGUGUCCCACUGCUCCAACGCCGAGUGCAGGGACAGGGACAGGGACAGGGACAGGGCCCUCACCCUGUCCGAGGAGAUCCGCCGCACCGCGGCCUGACG